ACCAGUAACUGAGUAACGUCACAUUUCCCUCUAAGUUGUAGUGUACCAACAGUGUUGAAGUUGACCCCAGACACACAUCCAGAACUCACAGAAGACGGCGCUCAACAAAACCCACGGUUAGCCAUGGUACCAUGCCUGUUAUUUACAUUGCUCCAGGUCGGGGAGGUGGCGCUGCAUGCGUUUGGACCCACAGAGAUAGGGCUGGAUGAAACACAUUAUCAGGACUACCAGGACUGUGAGGGUGAUGAGGAUAACUUGACUGACAAGGAAAGGCUCUGCAGCUCAGAAACUUUGAAGACCAGCUGUCUUAUCUACCCAAACAAUCAGAUCGCAUGCUCUUGGGAGUCGAAUGAUACUCCUAAUGACACCAAAAGCAAUGCUUCCAUCUGCGUGUCUGAGAUGAGGGAGUGUGUCUUGACGGUCAUGGAAUGCCAACGAGGGGCUGAUAUGGUUGACGCUGGGGUUGGAAAUGUGUCUGUGGAUGGUUUCCAAGUGGAUGAUUUCCACAGUGUGAUCCUGACUGUCAAUGUGUCACACGAUGACACCUGGUGCAACCACACCAGUUAUCACGAAGCGCUAGACAUUAAGCAACUGAGUCCACCCUCCAACGUCACUGCCUGGGUAACAGGGACAGACCUGUUUGUGCAUUGGGAUCACCCGCACAACAUUAUUUCCAAAGCCUUUCGUUGCCUUAACUACCAGCUUGACAUCAAUAACCAGGAGAAAGACUUAACAGGGGCUCAAAAUAUGACUCACAGUGAGAGCGUGGACCCCACACAAUCACACAAUGUGAAGGUGAGGGUAAAGUACAGCGAUGAUUGCAGAGGAUCUACAAACUGGAGCAACUGGAGCAAUACCAUCACAGUGGCACCACUCAAUCAAUCUCUGGAAGUCGCAGGUAUCACUCUGAGAAUCGCAGGAAUCACUCUGGGGAUACCCAUGAUCCUCCUGGCACUAAUGCUGCUUAUCCGACUACAGAGGGAUCGUCUUUUCCCCCCCAUCCCUGGUCCCCCACUGAAGAUUAAACAACUAUUGGAGAGAGACCACCGAUUUCAGUUUGCCCCUCAAGUGCAGUUGUCCAAAUGUGUUGAGGAGAUCACAGUGGUGGAAGAAGCUGAGGAAAUACCUGACAUAUUAACAAAAUUACCCAUUUAAAGACCUAACUAAAGUCCAAUCAUCCUAAACCCCUUGUUUAAGGAUCUAUAAGAAGGAUCUCCAGGGCGGAAGAUGCAGCCAUAAUAGUUUGUUAGGACCUACGCAAUUGUUUCAAAUCUUAAGAAAAAGGUGGAUUAUCAGACUGUAGAAAUCCAUACACCUUUCAUGACAGAUUUAUAAAGUCUGCUGUGCUUCAUAAAUUACCCAUAACAAUUAUUUCCUUCACUUUUAGAUCUCCAUUAAGCUGUAUGGGGGAAAACACAGAAUUACUUAACUAGCCCAAGUUGGAGACAUUAUACAUUUUUUCUUGCUUCCUUUUGAAACAGCAUAUGCCCAUAUCAGUGUGUGCUGUGGGCUGUUUCUAAGCUGUGUAGCUGUUAACAGUGAUUCUAGUGAUACUGGUGGAGAUGGAACAGCUUUACCAGAAACCUUAAUUGAAUCCCAAACUGGGAGUGGGAUGUCAUGAUCAGAAUUAAUCCAGUGGUCAUUAGCUUGUUUCCAGGGAUGGUAUAGGUCCCAGAGUGCUGUGAUCCAGUAACCUUACCAGGUUAAAUACUGUACAAUUUACAGUGUCGUUAAAAGUUCAAAUAUUGGCUAAGAUGAGACCAGAGUUUUUCAAAUCUAUUAAAAACAUGAUUAAUGAAGAAAACUAGAAAAAAUACCUCUUACCUUAGGGAGGAUACAAAUUAUUUAUAAUUGUGGCAGCCUUAUGUUAAUUAUAUAUCACAGAUGGGGGGUUUCAAAUAGGCUACACAUCCAUUAUUGGGACGUAAAUCUCAAAAGCAUUUAUGCAGGUUUGCAUUAUCAAAUAAUUUCAGCAUUAUUUAAUCAGGUAUGUCAGUUGAGAACAAAUCAAUGAAAAAAGGAAACAUCUUAAACCUGAAGAGAGAAAAAAAGAUGUGUGGACUUACUUUUGUGGGAAUUUCCUUGCUGUGUUUGUAGCGUAGACUGGGAACAACUAAAGAAGAGAUGUUGAGUUUCAUUGUUGGGGUAGUAGGGCAGAAUGGAGCAAAAGUAAGAAUUCUUUGUUUUCAAGGUUGCACCUUUUAGCUGGAAAGAUAUUUUAAAUGGAUUUGACAGAAUUUGACAGAAGUGCAUGCUUCACAGGUGAAGUGAUAUUCUUUGGAUCAUCUGAAGUUCUUAAUUUCUCCUCCACAUACAGCUCCGGAAAAUAUUAAGAGACCACUGCACCUUUUUCCUUCCUUUCCAAA